CAUAACCUAUAGUAUAUUUUUUUCACGUGUUUCGUUUUCGUUUAAUUAUCAUAUCUGAAUAAAAUAAUGCCUAAGUUACAAAUUGACGAAGUUUACGCCAAAAAUAAUGUACAUCCGAUGCUUAUAAAUUUUCAAAACGGUUACACAACUGGUAAAUUUAGACCGUCGGAAUGUGUGUUAUUACAAGACGAAAAUUCCAAAACUACGAUCGCUACACAAAUAAAUGAUUUUGUCUACACAGGAGAAGAAGAAAAGGAAGAUUUGAGUAAAACGAUUAUAAUAGCUAGGAAUAAGAACACCGGAAAAGUUAGGUUAAUUGAAGUCGGUACAGCGGAGUUAAAACCUGUGCUUAAAGUUGACUUAGAUUCAACUCAGUUAUUAGAAACGAGUAAUUUGGAACUGAGUAGAAAAUUUGGUUCGAAAAAACAGAAGCAGCAAGUCGAACAACGAGAGAAAUUAAAGGUUAAUGUACAAAUUGUUAAUGAACAAAUGCAAAAUGUUACUCAGGAGGUAUCUGUUGACAAUUUAGAUCUUUCUUCAUACGAAAAUCCAGAUUCUGAUGAUUUCUAUAUACCACCAAUCAAUAGAGAUGCACAAAAACCCGAACAAAUCUAUGAAUUAGAUAAGAUUUUAACCGAAGAUGAUUUUGAAAAGAUAUAUUCCGAACUAGAAGGUAAAGAUUACACUUCUGAUGUACCUCCAUGGGUAGCGAAUUUGAUGGCAUCAAAAAAGAAUCCAAAACAUAUUGUAUUAGGAGUGUACGCUGGGGUUCUCCUUAAGUUAUAUUUAAUGUUAGUGAAAGACAUACCGAAAAAAAUGUUUACAGCUUGCAAACUAUCACCAACCCUUAACAAUAUAGUAUUAUCAAACUUUUUAUUAAACAAUAAUGGCAAACGUAGUAGACCUGCGCCAUACAAAGAUAAAUCAUUAUGCCAUGCCAUAAUAUUCCUUCUUCUAAUAAACAAUCUGUCACUAGAUUUGGAUACUCUAUCACAAGGUAUUAAGUUACAACCGAAAACGGUUACAACAAAGAUCAGAGUUACGGGAGCCUCAAUUGUUGCUUCUGGCAGUAAAAAACUGAUACAGUUAAAAUUACCGUUAAAAACGAAAACGGUUUUUAGACGAAAGAGUACAAAGUUUUAGUAGGAAUUUGUUUUGUUUUUUUACUAUAUAUUUUAGUUUGUAAGUUUUAAUUUUUUUAGAAUAGUUAGAAAGAAUGAGUGUACUUCAUGGUUGAUAUUACUGUCUCAUUACUGUUUUUUUCAUUGCCCAAACAUUUAAAAAAAAAUUGUAUUAAAGAAAAUG